AUGGUUCCGUUGAGACAGGCAUUCCAACAAGCAUUGGAUCACAGACAGGCACGAUCGGCCAGACGAAGACUGACUGUGCUCCCGGCUGACGCUGUUGAUUUCUCGUCCAAUGAUUUCUUAUCGCUUUCACGGUCCUCGCUGUUGAAGUCACAAUAUUUGCAAGAUUUGAAUGCUUGCUACCACCCUCCAAACAAGGCGCCGCCUUUGGGAAGCGGGGGGUCUCGUCUCCUGGAUGGCAACUCUGAAUACGCAGAACAAUUGGAACAGUUUAUUGCUGAAUUCCACAAUGCCCCCGCCGGAUUACUGUUUAACUCGGGCUUUGAUGCCAAUGCUGGGGUUUUCUCGUGUCUUCCACAGCCCGGUGAUACAAUUGUGUACGACGAGCUGAUCCAUGCAAGUGUGCAUGAGGGAAUGCGACUUUCUCGAGCCGACAAGAAACUUGCCUUCCGACACAAUUCCGUUGACGACUUAGAAAGAGUCCUCUUAGAUCUAGUUGAAAAUGACUCGAAGUUCGGUCACAACGUGUUCAUUGCAGUUGAAACCUUGUAUAGUAUGGACGGAGACAUAGCGCCUUUGCACAAGAUCAUUCAACUGAUACACGGGUUAUUCCCUAAAAGAAACGCCUACCUUGUGGUGGACGAAGCACAUGCAACAGGAGUCUUUGGGCGUAAUGGAGCCGGGGUUGUUCAAGAGUUAGGUGUCCAAGAAGACGUGUUUAUACGCAUUCACACAUUUGGAAAGUCUUUGGCGAGCCAAGGCGCGAUCGUCUUGUGUGAUGCCUUGACGAGAGAAUACUUGAUAAACUACGCUCGCAGCCUUAUCUACACUACUGCCAUGAGCCAUCCGGCACUCAUUGCGAUUCGCACUGCCUAUGAGCUAAUGUGUAAAGGAAAAACCCAAUCGCUCCAGUCGAAUUUGCAGCUCAACAUUUCGUACUUCCGGUCACGCUGCGACGAGUUAAGCGGUACAAUCGAUAAAGCUAUCCUUCAAACUGACUACCACGACCGGUCCCCAAUAUUUUCGGUGCGGUCAAGAAAGCCACGAGAGCUAGCCCAAUACUGCCAACAGCGUGGACUCGUAGUCCGGCCCAUCAUGGCACCGACUGUUCCUUUGGGCCAGGAACGAGUGCGAGUCUGCUUGCACGCAGGAAACACUCGGCAGGAAAUCGACCGGCUGGUUGACGCGAUUUCGCAGUGGGCGACGGUGCAAUCCGAAAGGUCCAGGUUGUAG